AACACUUCUGCAGCAGUUGCAGAGACUUCAAGCCAUGGUUGCUGGGAAAGUGUCCCGUUCAUGUAAGGCAGCUAGCACACAGACAGGGACCUGUCUUAUGAUGGUGGUGCUGUGCUUUGCAGUAGUUUUUGGCAGCUUCUCUCAGAGCUACGGGCCAUAUCCUUCUGCUACAAAGAUGGUGUUGCCCAGGCAGCAUUCCUCGCCAGAGUCCUACACAGACUCCAUUGUGAGGUCAAGGAGUCUGCUAAUUUAUGAAGAGCCUCACCAACUGGAGGAGUCGUCAAGCCCAAUCUCCUUUGCAGAUCGCAAUGACGGGCAAGGAGACACCUCCAAGUACACAGCGCUGUCCCUGGAAGCCAUGCCAGGGACACAGCAGGAUGAUAUCAUGCAGUUCACAAUAGCCAACGAGACGAGGCUAGAGAAAUCGGUGCUGCUGGGCCUGCAGCAGCACAGAGUCAACUCCGAACUAGAAGGAAAUGAAACACUGAAGAUAAUUGAAAUAGAUAGAAGAGUCAAUGCCACCUCUUAAAAAUAAAAAAGGCCUUUUUUCUUGACUUCCCUCUUUCCCACAUAUUUUCAACCAAAGUCCCCCUGACUUGUCAUCCUCAGUGAACCAAAGCACAAAAGAGAGGGAGUUCAACUUCUGCAUUGACUCGCGAGGCUGUGACUGCAGAUGGGAUCUCUUGUCUUUGUAACUCCCUUCCUUACUUCACACACAGUUCCUGUCUUUGCUUUUAUUCCUUUCCUGUCUGAUACUGCAAGGGCAGGAUUGAAUUAUGAUGGCAGAUGAUGCCAGCAAUGUGCCGGCGACUGGUGGGUGUGUGUGCGUGCAUGCAUUCAUCCUAAUCUGAGCACAAAGACGUUAUGUAGAAGAGUGGAAUAUGCAAAACUGAUGGGAGCAUGUGGGUGAUAG